CCCUCUCUCUCUCUCUCUCUCUCUCUCUUCGCGUCUCGUCAAUCGGCAUUUGGACUGAGGUUUUACGAGGCCGCCCCCCCCGGCGAGAGUCGCUCCUGCGAGCUUUGCGCCAAUACUGAUCGACGGCGACGGAUAAGCGUGACGGAACGAGGGUUUUUUUUUUCCUGAGCGCGUGGCUGCGUGUCUGCGCGGAAAUCGUAAGCUGCCUCUCUGGAGUGUUGAAUGAGCCAUGUCGAUGCCGAAGGAGCCCGAGCUGGUUAUGAAGCUGCGGGGAGGCUCGGUGCUUGGGAAGAAGACGAUUCUCAAGAGCGAUCACUUCCCCGGUUGCCAGAACAAGCGCUUGUCCCCGCAGAUCGACGGCGCUCCUAAUUAUCGUCAGGCUGAUUCGUUGCAUGUCCAUGGUGUUGCUAUUCCAACCAUUCAUGGAAUAAGGAAUGUCCUUAAGCAUAUCGGUGCCCAAAUUGAUGGGAAGGGAGUUAAAGUUCUCUGGAUUAAUCUGCGUGAGGAACCGGUAAAUGCAUCUAAUGAGACCAAAGCAUUCAAAUUAAUGUAUUGUUUUGUGCCUACUACUUAUGUUUUCUUUGAGUUGUGUCAACUCCGUUGUAUUGGACCGUUGUGUCUUCUUUAUGAGUUGUAUCUAUCUGGAAGUUUCUUUUAACUGUCUUUUCCCCUAAGCA